AUGGUUGCAUAUUAUACAAUUGCCGGCAAGCAGGUCGGAUCUCAUAUCCUAUCGAUUGCCACCCUAAGCACUGUUUUCGGACUCUCCUACCUCUCGAUGGGCGGCAGCAAGAAGCCACAGGCUACACCUCCAAUCCAGGCGACAAGCAAGGACGAAGAGACCUUCAUCCAGAACUUCCUCAAGGAGGCCGAGGCCGAGGGAAAGGCAAAGCAUUGA